AUGGCCAUUAUCGGGAUCAGCACGUGCAAAGAGGUCACUGCGCAGAUGGGGAGUGACCGGAGGAUAUCGCCACUGGCGUCCCCAAUCGCACUAAAAUCAUUUGAAACCGGCGUUCUGUACCGAGACACGGGCAGUCCGAGAAAAACUAGGCUCAGGUGCAGAUGCCCGCCUUGCCAUGCACGGUACCUAUUCAAUGUGUAUUUAGACUACCGUUGUGUAGGCCUAGAUGAAGGCCAGACAAAGUGCAGUAAGGAACGAUGCGAGAAAUCAUUGUUUAUGCUCACUCGAUACUGUGAGGCCCAUCUUCGGGAAUUCACUCCAGAAAGGCUCACAGACGAUACGAAGGCGAAGGCGGAGAUCAGGGAUCUUUUUUGUGACAUGGCUCACCAUCAAUGGCACCCAAGAUCGAAUCAGAUGGCAGAGAUUCUAACGAGAGUGGGAUAUGACCCAAUGGCCGAUAUACCGCCCUCUGAACUGCUAUGCAUCGACCUUGAAUUCCCACAUACCUCAGAGCAUGUGGAGGAGAUUGGAAUAACUGAUUUCCAAGGAGUACGUCAGCUGAGCUGCUACACUGAAUACAGUGAGGGUAUCACUGCGAAUUUGAUUUCACGGGAUCGCCAGCUGCCUCUUGAAAAGAGGGGACAAGCCUUUGCGGGAGAGAAAGGUCGGCUCAAGGCAGACCAGGUUACAUCAGAACUGAGAAAGAUCGGAAUUUCGAAAGAAACACGGUUUGUAGCCUGGGCGGGUUCACCCUUUGGCCUUUCCUACUUGAGGACAUGGCUCGACAAGGAUGAGGUCCCGCGCGACCUGCUCGAGGAUGAGAUGUUUUGUUUGUUACUCAACGAGCGCAUGAAGAAGGCGACCGAGCACCUAGGACGCCGUUGUUUUCCCGGUCUUGCUUUUCCAUUGAGUCUGGUAAUUUUGCUCACGGUGCUCUUCGAAGGGCAUCCACUGAUGGGUCACAACCAGAAGCCCAGCAGCUAUCGUUGA